GGUUUUUAAAACUGCCUACUUAAUUUGAAAACAACAAUGGUAGGAAAGGCUAGAUCUUCCAAUUUUACCUUAUCUGAAAAGCUUGAUUUGCUAAAGCUUGUGAAGCCAUAUGUGAAAAUUCUCGAAGAACACACUAAUAAACAUUCAGUAAUAGUGGAAAAGAAUAGGUGUUGGGAUAUCAUAGCAGUUAACUAUAAUGCAAUUGGAGUAGACCGCCCUUCUCGAACAGCGCAGGGCCUACGCACCCUUUACAAAAGGCUCAAAGAAUAUGCCAAACAGGAGCUAUUGCAACAAAAAGAGACCCAAUCAGAUUUUAAAAGCAAUAUUUCUGAGCCAACCAAGAAAGUUAUGGAGAUGAUACCCCAGAUUUCCAGUUUUUGCCUGGUAAGAGACAGGAACCACAUACAAAGUGCAAACUUGGAUGAGGAGGCACAGGCUGGUACCAGUUCACUACAGGUAAUGUUGGAUCACCAUCCUGUUGCUAUUACAGUGGAGGUGAAGCAAGAAGAAGACAUUAAACCACCUCCUCCACUGGUUUUAAAUUCUCAACAGAGUGAUAUUUUAGAGCAAAGAGAAGAACAUGAAUUAGUACAUGUUAUGGAAAGAUCCUUGUCGCCUUCACUUUCCUCUGUUGAUAUGAGAAUGACAUCGUCUCCAUCUUCUAUUCCAAGGAGAGAUGAUUUUUUUCGCCAUGAGAAUGGAGAACACUUUAGGUCAUUACUAGGGUAUGAUCCUCAGAUCCUGCAAAUGUUGAAAGAGGAGCAUCAGAUAAUUUUAGAAAAUCAAAAAAACUUUGGAUUGUAUGUUCAGGAGAAGAGGGAUGGAUUGAAAAGAAGGCAGCAGCUAGAGGAAGAGCUACUAAGAGCAAAAAUUGAAGUGGAGAAGCUGAAAGCAAUUUGCUUACGGCAUGAUCUACCUGAAUAUAAUAGUCUGUAAGAUUUUUUUUCAAUCUUACAAUUUGAUAAUUUUAAUUUUGGCCAAAUUUCUUUAAUUUUGGAAUAUCCUAAAGCAAAAUACAUAUUCUUGAAAAAUGUUAUUAAUCUCUACAAUAGAAAGACUUUUAAAACAUGAUUUUCUAAUUAUUUAAUUUUCUUUUGAGACAUUAAAAUUUACUGAUCGGUUGGC